GCUGUAGGGUCGCUGUUGUCGUGGGUUGACCAGUGAAGUUUCCUGACCCAACCAAUCACGGGGCAGGUUGCCGCUCGGCGUCAUUUAAAAACGAUGAAGUUGAGACGUCGUUGAGAUGGUUUGUGAUUACUUCCAACUAACGAGCUGGUUUUGUGCAGUGAUAUAUAAUUGAAAUGGCAUUGAGAAUAUUUGUGGAGAAAGAAAAUGAACUCUUAAGUACCCACACCAAAAGGCACCCAAAGCUACAUCCUUCAGCUCCACUACAGACCCCCAAAGCUGGAAAGAUAGUAACCGUAACACCUCACUUGCAGCAGUCUGCAAGAAAGGCACUGGGAGAUGUGAACUGUCUUUUGCGUACAGAUAUCAAGAUUAAUCACACUCAGAAAAAGGGAAAAGCAAAAGCCUGCAAACUGCACAGUAAUGUAAAAACACUUAAAACAACCAAGCCUGCAGAAAAGACAUCCAAUUCAGAGCCUCCAAGAUGUCCCACUGAGAAACCUGAGGACUAUCCUGAAAUUGAAGCUUUCAUUCCAUUUGAUCCUUUUGACUUUGAAGAUUUUAAUUUGCCAGAGGAACACAGGCUCGAUCACAACUGUCUGGCAGGCUUGCCACUCUCUUUUCUUGAGAAGGAAGGAGCUUUAAUGGAAAAAGUGCUGAAUAAAGUCCCUUCACCUAUGAAACAGCUUUCACCUGUAAACGAAUCCAAUUUGUUGGAUUUCGAUAAAACUGGUGUAUCGGCAGACCUGGAUGGAAUCGAAAUUGAAUUACCAUCAAUGGAAUAUGACUUCUGAAUGCCAAUUACCAGAAACUUUCAGCUAUGUUUAUUGUAAUUUGUAUGUAAUUGCUCAUUUACCUUUCAGAUGGACCCUGAAUGUUGAAGAUAUUUUCAUUAUUUAUACAGUGUAUUCAAACUUUUAAUAAAGGCUUAUU